AUGUACCACGAGGCAGUUUAUAUCAACACAAAUUCGGCCUUUCCAGACGCGUUUGGUGCUGUCUCAUAUUGGUUCGUUAUCCAGCAAAACCAGACCAAGCCAGCAUUAUCACAAUCAAGCUCGCGGCCUUUUCUGGACCUACUGUCUCAAUCUCCCAAGACUAUCGGCUUCUCACGUCACCCUUACGAGCCCAUCGAAGGAGUAGAAAGACUAGAAAUUUAUUGCGUGGGAGGCUAUCACCCUAUAAAUAUCGGUGAUCAUAUUCACACUCGCUAUCAAGUGGUGCAAAAACUGGGCCACGGCGCGUACUCGACUAUUUGGCUGGUGCGAGAUCAAAGACAUGGCAAAUACGUCGCCAUUAAAGUGUGCACCGUGGAUUCCAACCCGUUUGAAUUUAGCGUCCUUUCGGAACUUUCCGACUCGCAACAAAGCUCAAGUACAAGCUUGGGAAAGACAAUGAUUCCGCAGGGACUGGACAAUUUUGAAAUUCAGGGACCCAAAGGCAUAAACCCGUGUUACGUCUCGAUUCUGACAAGAAUGAGUCUUUCUGGGGCAGAUUUGCCUAGCAAGUACGGAGGACCGGAACUUGUAGUAAUAAGGCGUUUUGAUGGACAACCUCUCCCAUCGAAUAUUCCACCGAAGGCCAUCUUACCAAUCUGGCUUGGAGAAGCUAGCGGCGAAAUCAUACUUCCAGAGGCAAAAAUCCAGUUUAGCGAUUUUGGUGAAGCCUUCUCCCACACCAAUCAAGACAAGUUCAAGUCCCACACUCCGCUAGUGAGUCGACCACCAGAUGCUCGCUUCGAGCCAUAUACGCCUCUGUCCUUGCCAUCAGACAUCUGUAUGUUUGCGACUGAAGAUAGCAUUACUUGCGAGCAAGUUGAUGCUCUUGAUUUGUUACCCCGAGAAUGGUGGUCUAAAAGUGAGGAGCGACAUAUCAAAUUCACGGAAGAUGGCAGGCCCCUUAACCGGGAACCUUACUGGUCGUGGGAAGAAAGCUUCGAACAAGAUAUACAACAGCCUCGACAUAGGAAAGCAAUGCCGCUCAUUGAACCAACCGAGAGGGAUGCUAUCUUCAAAAUGCUGAAGUCCACCCUCAAAUUCAGGCCCGAGAAUCUAUUCACUGCGAAGCAGAUCAUUGACUGUGAAUGGAUGGUCAAAUGGGCUUUGCCUGAGUACGAGAAGAUUCGAAAAAGAUGA